AUGUCCAUUAGCACCCUUCAUUGUGUUUGCAACAUCAUCAAUCCUUGCCGCAAUGAAUUGGCCUCAUCGUUUAUUUUAGUACAAUGGAUAAUUUCGGGGGUUGCAUCCUUUUUGAAUUUCGUUCGCCCCAUAUGGAACUUUAUUGGCAUACGAGCUCAAGUCGAAUUGAACGAAGAGGAUUACAAUGACACAUGGAUGUAUAUGCCAGAUGGUGAUGGAGAGCCACAGGUGGCAUAUUUGGUUGAACCCCCACCAGAUGACAAUCGCAAUGAGGAACCACAAUUCAUACAAUUUGAAUAUUAUUCGAGUUCAAAUCCAUCCGAACCCGUCAUCAACAAUGUUUGGAUGAAUGAAGGAGACGUGCCGACGCGUCACAAACGUGAUACAUGGGAGGAAAUGGCUGAGAAAUUUAAUCCUGCAUUAGAUACGAAAAUUUUGGUUCACGGUUGGAAAUCUAGCACACAAAGUAAUUCCAUACAGUCUAUAAGGGGUGGCUACAUAAAAAGGGGGCAUGUCAAUGUUUUUGCCAUUAACUGGCGUGAUCAAGCUGACAACAUUUAUUACCUGAGACCGGCACGAUAUACCGUACAAGUGGGUAGGGCCGUGGCCAAAUUGAUUGAUUUAUUGGUGGAGGAGAAAAAUGCCGAUCCCAAGAGGAUACACUUAAUUGGUCAUAGUUUGGGAUCACAUAUUAUGGGUUAUGCCGGAUCCUAUACUAAAUAUCGUGUUGGAAGAAUUACCGGUUUGGAUCCAGCCCGUCCCGCCUUUGAAGACUGCAUUGGCCCGGAAAAUCACUUGGAUCGCACCGAUGCCGAUUUUGUCGAUGUGAUACACAGUUGUGCUGGUUUCUUGGGAUUUAAAAAUCCCAUUGGUCAUGUCGACUUCUAUCCAAAUGGUGGUAAUCCACCACAGCCGGGUUGUACGGAGAUUAGUCAGAUAUUUACUGGUUGCAGUCAUGGCAGGUCGUAUGAAUAUUAUGCCGAAUCGAUUAACAGCGACAAAGGUUUCUAUGCUGUGCCCUGUGGUUCUUUGUUUGAUGUCAAGGGUAAAAAUUGUACCGGCGAGAAAAUUCUAAUGGGUGAUCCCACACCCACCACUGCUGAGGGUAUUUACUAUUUGAAGACCUCAAAUCAGUCAUCAUUUGCAUUGGGAAUGGACUAUAAAUGA